UUACCGUAAUAGAGACAUAGUGAUUUCGCGUCGGUAAAUUUGGAGUGAACAGAAGUAUAAAAAGUGUUUUUGAAUUAAUUUUCCUCAGUGAUUUUCAAAACAUGCUUUGAUUGGAUUUCAGGUUUUUUAUAUUGGAUUAUUUUUGCUCUUACCUUCGAAUUCUUAUUGAGUGAAAUAUUGACGAUUGCUAAAUUUUGGAAGUCUUCGGGAAAAAACAAACGAUUUAAUAAUCGUUUAUAAGAUAUUAGGACAGAAUGGUGCACACGGCGGGAGUGAUAUUGACCCUGGUAUUGGCGUCCGCCAUUCCCGGCUCUCAUUGUUAUGGAGCAUCGGACAGCAUGUAUGAACAGAUUGCAAAAGCCUUAUGGCAGUUACAGAUGAAGGGCGACAUCAACAAAGCCCUGCAAAAUACAGAUAUCUGGAACAGACCAACUCAAAACAACUCUCCUAGAAGUCUCCCAAGAAAUCUGAACCGCCAGGGAGACGGUCUGGUGGUCAGAGAACUCGUUCUAGAUAAUAACAUCAGUCCAACAAACAUUCGGGUACGAACUACUAACGACCCCUCGUCAAUAUUAGGACCAACCCAUGUACAGCCCUCAACAACCAAAGAAAAACAGACUGCCUUCGCUCGGAGGGCCACUGAACGUCAAAUAACCCUCCACGCGCCAACGAUCGCUCAGACAGAGCAGGCAACAAUAGCCCCUGAGAGAGUUUACUCCAACAAGAUGGACAGAAACAAAGUCAAAGGAUACGGGAGCUCUCUAACAAAGCUCAUUGCCAACAAGAUAAAAUUCGACCCGACUCCGGGGCCCGCUCUCCCGUCUAAUCCGGUAAUAGACAGUAUAUUGGGGCCAUUACUUAAUGAAAGAGGUAACGAGCUACCCAGCAAUUUCUUACCACUCCCUUCAACAACUAGUGGUGUUGUUCCAAACACAGGAAGCUCACAGAGAACCACUGUACAGAUAAAAGAGAAACAACGCACUGUUCUCGCUAAGCCUGUAAAAAGCACUCCUGUUGUUGUGUUUCCGGAAAAUGAAGGACAACAGGUUCCCUCUCCGUCUUUUUCUAUUGUUGCACCAAGUCUUGGACAAAACCCGGCCUCGUUCAGAUUCAGCAACAAAGAGGUCAGUAGCAAUCAGCUGCAGGACAAAAACAACAAGGGACAAAAUCCCGGCUUCGACAACUUCAAAGACAUGGAGCUGAAUGAUGUGUCGCAGGUUAUUGUUGACCAAGCGGCGUCAGUGAGUGUAAAACCCGACAAUGUCAGAAAGCCAGAGAUAGUCAAAGAACAACAGCAGAAAAAAGGAAAUAACAAAGUAGAUCCCAAAACAAUAAUAAACCCCCCGCAACAUGAUAAUACAAACAAAGUUCAAGUCUCAGGGUCAGAGAUAGCAAUGGAUAACAUUCCUUCUAACAAGCAGAGAGCUUGGCAAGAAUCAUCAAUCAGAAAUAACGAGAUACAGAGACCAGACGUUCAAGUCGUCCAGUCUGCUUUACCUGCUCUGAGUGAAACUUCACAGGACGCACACACUACACCCCAGACUAACGACACAACAGACGCACAGACAGACGUCACAAAAGCAGCACCGAAAUCAACAAUGACGGAAUCCCCGGUCCAUGUUGGUAUUUCUAGGGGAUCUCCGAGGGGCUCUAGACCAGUGAGCAGCAGUGUGACCAGGGGUUCUUUUAGUGGAGUUCGUCCAUCAGCUAGAGGAACUCCGACAGUUGGUAGAGGAACACAGCCAGGUGGCAGAGGAAGCUUCUCUCCGUCAAGAGGAUCUCCGAGAGGAGGUCGUCCCAUCGGAAUCCGUCGGAAGGUUCUACCUGCACUGAGUGGAACUUCAGAGGACGUGCACACUACACCCCAGACUACUGACACAACAAACGCACAGACAGACCUCCCUGUACAGGACGUCGACUUUACACCAGAAGUACCGUCAUCAACAAUGUCCAUCACUCAAGCCGCUACAACCACAACAACGACAAAAUCCCCGGUCCAUAUUGGUAUUUCUAGGGGAUCUCCGAGGGGUUCAAGUCCGGGGAGCAGCAGUGUAACCAGGGGUUCUUUUAGUGGAGUUCGUCCAUCAGCUAGAGGAACUCGUCCAAUAAACAGAGGAACACGACCUAUUGGUAGAGGAACUCCAACAGUUGGCAGAGGAACUCAGCCAAUUGGUAGAGGAACUCCAACAGUUGGUAGAGGAACUCCAACAGUUGGUAGAGGAACUCAGCCAAUUGGUAGAGGAACUCCAACAGUUGGUAGAGGAACUCAGCCAGUUGGCAGAAGAAGCUUCUCUUCUUCUAGAGGAUCAUCGAGAGGAGGUCGUCCCAUCGGAAUCCGUCGACAGGAACCUGUUAAUAUCCCUGAGGUGGGGCAAACUACACCGGCUACAAUCACUGAAACUGAUAUGACAACAACUCAGGCUACUACAACGGCGAAAGCGGCAGAGACUGAACCAACCACAACGGAGCAAGCCCCUCAGGUUCCAGCUAUGAACACAGCCCAGUUCGCGAGAAGAGCCAGACCAAGCCGGGUUGUUGUAAAUACUCUCGGAAACACAAAGCAAAGACCUGUCGUCGCUCGCGGAGUCGGACAGGCAAGGGCCGCCAUCGUACAGCCAGUGAUGAUCCCAGUACCCAGUGAAAUACUGUCAUUUGAUCGACCUGCGGUAGAACAACCGGCAAGAGUUGAACAGAUUCCAAUAGUCUUAAAUUCCGUGGCGGUAGAUCAGCCAGCAAUAGAUGUACAAACUCCAUUAGUCUUGAAUUCGGAAGUGGCCGCUGAGAAUGAUUGGAGUCUGUCUUCUUCUACGUCCGCAACCACUACAGAGCAACUACCGACAACCGCCGCCCCCGCAACCACCCCUGCCCCGACAACCCCCGUCCCCACAACAAUUGCUGCCGGCGCCAGGAGGCCCCAGUCAAUCCGACCAGGAAUGAUGACGCCCGAAGAGAAGCGAGAAGCACAACGGAACUUCCAGGGAACCUUGAUGAAUCGGCCAAAAACUGGAAGAGAAACUAAAAGGGUACCAUCUCUGUCAGCCCACCAUCGUACACCAACUCAGCUCAAGAGAUCGCAGUCCAUGGGUAGUACGAGUUCUCCCCGAGUGGCUCCGUCUCUGCCAAGACAAAUGUCAGAGGGCAUACCGGAAACAAAUCCUGAUGCCAAAGCAGAUGUUAAUAUGCAAAACUAUGAGGCUCAGGCCAAAAUAUUAUCCUUACAAAAACAGCUGACGGAGACGGAGAGCCAGAACCUGGAUCUCCAGCAGCGCGUGGAGAUUCUGGAGGAGCGUCUGGAGUACCUUAACUCAUGCCACCAGAUCCAGGAGCAGCCGGAGGACUACCAGCAGACCAUCAAGGCCAAGGACCAGUUCAUUCAGAAACUGGAGAAGGAACAGAAGGAACAGGGCCAGGAGUUCAAUAAAACGAAAAUUCGUUAUCGAAAGAGAAUAAAGGCAUUAACAACCCAGCUGAAUGAAGCAAAGCAGGAAACAUCUAUACAACUUUUUGAACUUAAAGAUGAAAUAACAAGACUCACAGAGAAAAACAAAGAACUAGAGGAGUCUCUUGAAAGAAGCGGCUCACAAGGGAAGACAAGUACACCUGACGUAGGUAAAAUGCAGAUUGUGUUGGAACUGUCCAAUCAAAUAUCAGAUCAGACGGAUGAAAUCUCAAGGUUAAAGAGGGAACUUCAGGCAAAAGAUUCUAUAAUUGAUCGUCUCGGGGGAACAAAAAAACUGGAAGACGAGUACAAUAAAGAUAAAGAGGACAUGAAAAACUUGAGGAAAUUAUCUCAAGGACUGAGUCAGCUCAAUAGGGCCAGUGAGAAUGAUGGACUAGGGGACUCAGACUUGGAGACUCGGGGUGUGUCCGGUGCUAGUCGGGACUCAGGCUUGGGAUCUGCUGGAAAAACAGAAGACAGGUCAAACAAAAAGACAAGUGUAAAGAACUUUUCUGAUUCUGAUUGGGAGUCGGACGACCUUCCUGAUGAACUCAGUCCUUCUAAAAUCAAAAGUGCCCCUCCUGAGACUCAGGCCCUUAGGGCAGCCUCCAGACUCGCUUCUAGGGAAAGUAACGAGCUCAAGCCUGCUUCCCGUCUGGCAUCCCGGGAAAGUACCAAUCCCAGAAACCGAUCACGCCUGGCCUCCAGAGAGAGCAUCAACUCCAGCCUUCCCUCUAGGCUAGCCUCUAGGGAGAGCCAGUUCAGCAGUAAGACUCUUGUGGAAACUGAUGAGGAUCAUAUCUCCAUUGAUGACAUGACAGCUUACAGAGGCAACCACAGGAUGAAAAAGAAGUCCUCAUUUUCCUCUAAAAUUCGACGGGAGAAUGACACCUCACUCCGGACACCUAUUCCCAGUAUGGCGUUUGAAGAAUGCAAUGACUCAGGUGAUAUCCUUAUGUACCCCAGCAGUACCAGUAAACGGUACUCCAGGAAAAAGAAGAAAUCUUUCUUUCUAACUCAGACUGGGAAUUCCCCAGCAGGAAGUGACAUCAGUGAACAGGUUUCUGUGGGAUAAGGGGCAGUAACUCUGUGUUAAACACAUACCGGUACAGGAUUUGUUUUUUGUAUUGUGCAUUUUAAGGGGGUUGCUGUUUAGAGAUGUUUGAAUAUGUCAGGAAUACAACAGAUGCUCUACUCAGUUCUAGUCAAAAUGUUUUGGAUGAUGAGGAAGUUUAUGGUAUCUUCAAAGCCAAUUAGAUUGACUGUAAGAGUAUCUAGUGAUCUACUGCUACUCAGUAUUAUAAACACAGCAUAAUAAUUGACCGACCAGCCACGUAUUUAGAAGUUCAGUAUAAAGUCCAGCUGGAACAGAGAUUGUCUAUUUAGUCCAGUAUGAAGGUAAAAACUGACCCCGCUGGAUGUGAGUCAAGUCAGUAUUACUGCUGGAUUACCUGUUGGUACUGACUAUUCCAUCCAUUCUCUCCAAGUCUCUUUGAAUUAUCAAGGUGCUAAUAUAGAGUGCAUAUUAAUUUAUUUCCUGUGGGACCAGUAUUAACUGCUGCUGUUUUGUAUUGACAAAAUGUAAUAUGUAUUAUUACAACCGAUUGGUUGUAUGCUUGUGUGUGAACGAAAUGCAUUCACCCCGUGUGAUCUUGUAAUACACAGGCAAUUACACCUUUGUUUUUGUUAAAGGAGAUUUUUUGUUUAAUAAUAAAUUAUUGCCAUAAACGGCUUUCGUAUUA